CUCGGUCAAGGCGUACUUGGGUUUCUGGGCGAAAGAUACCGUGUAUUAAGCAGCGAUACACUUCGACGGCGGGUUUUGUUCUCUUUUCCUUCGGCUUCUCUGCAUACUGGGCGGGUCUCGGGGGGGGAAACCACAUGGACAUUGGUGUUGGGCAAGGCACGCUCAGAUUGUCGGACCUGGUUUUGGCUCAGAACUACGGGAAUUGGCGUUGGACACAGCAUCUCAAGAGAGCUGUGGGGUGCUCGAGCAUCCUCUGGGAUUGGGAUUGGGAAUUGAUGAUUCUGUCAUGAUAGGAAUUUUGGAUGGGAGUUGCACCACAGUCGUGGGCGGGUGUCCCCGUCUCGGGUUCGCCCUGCACAUACGGCGGGCAACUCUUCGAGAUUGGCAAUCAUCAAAUUUGAAGCAUUUUCCAAUCCACCAACCGUAUCAUCCUCACGAGCAGCGUGCCAUGUUUCCCCUUCAAGGUCUCCACAGUAUGUCUGGGGCGCCCAAUGCCUUUGGUAAUUCUCCACUACAGCCAGUCACCACUCAGAGAGCUGUCUCUCUGCACAUGGCCAUCCAGCCAUUGCCAUCGUGCCAGAGAGGCAGAGCGGAGUUGCAAUCCCCGUUCCACAGCUCGACGAUUGGACCACCUUGCCAACCAUCAUUCGACUGCAAGGCACGCUCGCUUGGGUCGACAGAGUUUGACUGCCGCGGCGAGAGUUACAGUCAUCUCACAAAAACGACAAUUCAUCAAUUGACUGCUUGUGCUACUCCACUUCCCUCUCCUAGUCGGUCGACUUUCAAUUUUUUCCUGUCAUCUCGCUUUUCUGGAAAUUUCUGGCACGUCAGACAGCUCAGCGCCGCGCGGCGCAACCGACCACUGCCAGCUCCACGCCGCAGCCCAUUACUUGGUACGAAGAGCUCCCUCUCUCCAGUCGAGUGAUCCGCCGUCCCUCCGCAGUGAUCAUCGAAUGAGAGUGGAAACCCGAAUGUUCCAUCUUUGGCAAUCGAAAUCCACCCAGGGGCAAGACCGCUACGCCUGCGCCACGUUACACCUAUCUGGCUCAGUCUGGCGAGUUUGGUUCUUGCAUCACUUCACGAUGACCAACUGAAGGAGCAAAAGCUCCCGAGGGUUAGGUCAACUUUUUGCAUCCCAAGAUGGAGCGAAUUGAGUCGAGG